AUGAGAUUCUCCACGUUCGCAGUCUUGGCCGGCUCCCUUGCAAGUGCUACCCCAUUCAACCCAAGACCUUUCGAUGAGGUGCUCCGGCGACGACAAGCAAGCUCGAACUCUUCCUCUCUUCAGGUCGAUUUGGGAUAUGCAGUCUAUGAAGGCUUCUACAACGAUACCCACAAUGUGAACGAGUGGAUGGGCAUUCGAUAUGCAGCUCCUCCAAUUGGAAGUCUCCGCUGGCAAGCACCACAAGCACCGCUCGUCAAUCGCAGUAGUGUCAUAAACGCCAGUGCGAUUCCAAAUGAAUGCCCUCAAUCAGCACUCAAUUCCGGAAACCAGCAAGCCGCGAUCACAACGAUCAAUGCCCCUGGUGGUUCGGAGGAUUGUUUGUACCUGAGUGUGUAUUCUCCCCCCAAUUCUCAGAAUCUCCCGGUUCUGGUCUGGAUCCAUGGUGGUGGUUACGGUGAAGGGAAUGGUGGACAGGAUCUCGGACCUAUUAUUGGAACCAAUAAUGGUAGUUUUGUUGGUGUAGCCAUUCAGUACAGAUUAGGAGCUUUUGGAUUCUUGUCUUCGGAUGAAGUCUUCCAGAUGGGUGUCGCGAAUGCUGGGAUCAGAGAUCAGACUUUUGCUCUGCAGUGGGUACAGAGUUAUAUUCAUUUGUUUGGAGGGAAUGCUUCUCAAGUGACCAUCAGUGGAGAGUCGGCCGGUGGUGGCUCGGUCAUGCUUCAGACGAUGGCAUAUGGUGGAACCUUGGGCACUUCUCUCUUUUCUAAUGCAAUUGCCGCAUCGCCAUAUCUUCCCAUGCAGUAUAACUACAAUGCUUGGGUACCGAGUCAAAGCUAUUAUGCUUUUGCUCAAGCAGCUGGAUGCUUAAGUGGCUUUGCAGCGGGAAGCCCGGCUGUCAACACAACUAUCUUCCAAUGUCUUGUUGGAAAGGAUACUGCCGUUCUCAAGAACGCCAGUGCUGCAAUUUCGGCAUCCGGAAUGUACGGAACCUGGGGGUUCCUUCCAGUCACCGACGGAGUAUUCAUCCAACAACUUCCCAGUCAACAAUUAGCAAAGAAACAGGUCAAUGGAUUGAGAAUGCUUGCUGGGAACAAUGCUCUCGAAGGCCCACUAUUCGUUCCCCAAAACGUCACCACAGAAAUCGAUCUCGUGACAUGGAUCCAAGAAACCUUCCCCAUGUUCACCACAGACGACAUCUCAAAAGUCCUGCAAUACUACCCCGGAAGCAACGCAACAGACAGCACCAACGCCGUCGAGUACGCCACGCUCGGCUACACUGGCGCCACAGCCAAUAACGAAAGCUCCAUCUCUACCGGCCAACAACAGCGUGCGAAUAAUAUCUACGCAGAAACAACAUUCGUAUGCCCUUCUUACUGGCUCGCGGAAGCCUUCGCGAAUAAAGGGAGAGAAGCGUACAAAUACCAGUACUCGGUGCCUGCAGCUCUGCACGGAUCCGAUGUCUCGGCUUAUUUUGGACCGGGAUCCGUUACUCAGGGUCCGGAUUUCGUGAAGGCCUUUAUGACAAUAUGGGGAAACUUCAUAACCCUCAACGAUCCCUCUAUCUCCUCCUCCAUCGCAGCCGGCAACUCUUCAAAUUCCAGCACAACACCAAACCCGAUCACAAACUGGCCAGCGUACACAAACGCGAAUCCCUAUCAGAUCAACCUCAACGAGACGGGCGGAACGGAGUUCACGACCGCAGGCGUGGAUUUUGAGGGCACGGAGGUCAAUGUUACGGAGUACAUGGGCCCGGGACUGAGGAAUAAUUUCUCGCUGGUGAAUGCGUGGACGUGGGAGGGGAAUAGGGGGAUCAGGUGUGAUUUCUGGAGGGCGAUGGGGGGUUUGGUUCCUGAGUAG